GCAACUCUUUGAACACCUGACUAACACGCUUGCUAUAAUUACUAUUUAUAAGCCAGCUAUAUAUCUGCAUCUGUUCCUCAGUUUUUGUUUGUGUGGAACCUCUUCAUGUCAGAGGCUGUUACCCCAGGCUACUUCAAAUUUUAUCCUCAAGCUCUCGUGAUCCUUUAUUUAAUUCUUCAGAUUCCUUUAGAGAUCAUUGAUACACCUGGAGUUCUUUAAUCUGAAACAGCCGAAAAAAGGAUCAUGGGACAGCUGAUAAUAGGCUCUCUUGCCCUUCUAAUCAUAGCAACAGGUCCCUCAUAUAUUUCCGCAUACUCAGGAUGCGGCAGGCCUAGUAUCCCAAAUCGUAUUGUGGGUGGCCAGGACUCGGUGCAAGGGGAAUUCCCAUGGCAGUUGAGCUUGAGGAAGAAUGGCAUGCAUAUCUGUGGGGGUUCUCUUAUCGACAGCCAGUGGGUCGUCAGUGCUGCUCACUGUUUUGCAAAACCAUUCUCAGUCACAGACUUUAAAGUGAACCUUGGCGCAUACCAACUAUCAGUGCCUUCUGGGAUUUUGGCGGAUGUGGCUGCCAUUUACAUACACCCCACAUUCACUAGGAUCGGGAACAGUGGAGAUAUUGCGUUAAUCAAGCUAGCGAAUCCUGUGCAGUUUACCGACUUAAUCAUGCCUGUCUGUAUUCCCACCCCAACGGUUGUCUUUCCAAACGGAAUUAAUUGCACUGUAACUGGAUGGGGCUCUGUCAGGCAACUAGUGAGUCUUCAAUAUCCACGGACUUUACAAAAGGUCCAUGUUCCUAUUAUAGAUCGCAUGUCCUGUGAUCAAAUGUACCACACCGACAAUCCCUCACUGGCGGCUUCUCAGAACUUGAUAAUGUGGGACAUGAUCUGUGCAGGAUAUAAGGCUGGCGGGAGAGAUGCAUGUCAGGGUGAUUCUGGAGGUCCCCUCGUCUGCCCCUGGAAUGGGUCAUGGAUUCUGGCUGGAAUAGUAAGCUGGGGUUUUGGUUGUGCCCUUCCAAACAGGCCAGGUGUCUACACCAGUGUCACAACAUAUUCUGCAUGGAUUCAGCAAUACAUUCCUGGUUUCCAGCUAACUCAAGCACAAAUCCCACCACCUAACUACAGUGGGUCAUUGGCUUCAUCUCUGGAGAUCCUCAUAUUCUCACUGGUCCUGCACAAACUUCUGGGUUAA